UUGUCUUUCACUCACAUGCUACUAUUUCCCUUUCAGGUGGAUGGAAAAACAAUAAAGGCACAGAUCUGGGAUACUGCAGGCCAAGAGCGGUAUCGAGCCAUCACUUCAGCUUACUAUAGGGGUGCUGUGGGUGCUUUACUGGUAUAUGAUAUUGCCAAGCUACUCACUUACACUAAUGUAGAACGUUGGCUGAAAGAGCUCAGAGAUCAUGCAGAUCAGAAUAUUGUCAUCAUGCUUGUAGGUAACAAAUCUGACUUGCGUCACCUGCGGUCAGUUCCCACAGAAGAGGCCAAGGCAUUUGCAGAAAAGGAGGGACUGUCCUUCAUUGAGACCUCGGCUCUUGACUCCACUAAUGUAGAGACGGCCUUCCAUAACAUUCUUACAGAAAUUUACAGGAUUGUCUCCCAGAAGCAAAUUCGUGAUCCUCAUGACCAUGAUGACAGUCCAACAGCUGAUGUUAAGGCUAUUCACGUGGAACCAACUGUAAAUGCCGAGAGUGUGCGCAGGCAAUGUUGUCAACAGUAGGGAGAGACUCAUCUCCUCUCGUCUGGAAGUUUGGGCACAGGAAAUCUACCGCAUUGUGUCGAGGCAGCAACUCCCCGAAAGUGGUACCAUGGAACCCCCAGGCGGCAACUCCUUCACUGUGGAGCCCACCGAACCGCCAAGUGGAUCCUCCUCCAACAACUGCUGCGCCCGCUAACCC